CUUCAGAUCGCCGCAGAAAGGCUUCAACCCGGGCAAUGGACAUUGCGGUCUGAGUUUACUGCUACCCUGUAUCGCGAUGUUCCUGACCUUCCUUCCGAUCCCAUCCUUGUCCUCGUCGCUCGACUUUUUGAAACAUGGUGCAGGUUCUUGGUCCAUUGUCUGCUCGUCCGCCUACUCCACCCAGGACAUCAUCUCGUGUGCUACCUGAAAAGGACCACACGCAAGAUACCCCGGUUACCGUGAAGACGACGAACGAUUCCCCAUUACCGGCGUCUGCAUCCAAUGGCGGUCUCUCCAGUCGCAAAUUCAAGCGGGUGAACUUCUCGCCAUGGCCAAAAUCCCAUCCGAACAAGCCAGAUCUGAAGACUCUACCUCCUUCGAAUGAGUGUAAACCUUCAAAAUCAAUUCUCAAAACGACCAGCUCGCCCGCACCUGUCAACUCACCUAAUGUGACCUCUUACACGCCGGAGUCUUUCGCCAUGCUGCUAGAGUCGAUCACGCAGCAAUUGGCCGGCGAAUCGGUCAGUUCAAGACUCGACGCCUAUAUGCAAUUUUUCGGGGCAUUGAGAGCAUACGAUGGGCUUCCUGGAGGGCAGGAAAUUGCAGAUAAGCUUGGUCUCAUCACACAGUUCAUCCAACGGGAUGUGACUCGGGACCUCGGGAGUGGUGGACCCUCAGAUACCAAUCUCGUUACUCAGGCUCUGAAGCUGGCCACCGCUUUAGUAUGGCACACUGAGAUAUGUGCCCAGCUGCCGGAUGACUUCAAAAUCUUUCUUGUCGAUCAUUCCAUCAAUGGCUUACAGGACGCCAAACUGCCCAAAUCUGUGGCCACCCAUUAUAUGUCGAUUUUGUCAACACAGACUUUCCAUGCGAAGAUCAUGAACAACUCCAGACUAAACCGUUUGAUGAGCGUAUUGCAUGAAAUCACCAACCGGGUAAAUGGGAAUGCAAUCACCCUACAGCGGUUGGCUAUAUACCAACGUAUUCUCACCCAAAACAAAUCAUUAUUCAUCUCUCAAACACCGCUAUGGAUGAAUCACCUCAUAUCGGGCUUGCUUCACCACAUAAAGGACGUCAGAGUAAAGGCCAUUUCCCUCAGCUAUCAAACGUCCCUGGCAUUCGGCCCAAAUCCCAUUCUAUCCAAGAAUAUUAGAAAUAAUCUUGACCGCCCCAUCGGUCAAGAUAGGAAACUAGUGCAGGAGGUCAGCGAAAGAAUGUCCCGGAUGAUGUCAAGCGCGGAUACAGGCGUACACGUACCUCAGAUUUGGAUUGCUGUUAUCUUACUUCUUAGGAAUAAGAGAUUGACUGUCGACCAUUGGGAGCAUUUAAAAGAAUUUACCACUCCUCUGCAGAAAUGUUUUAACUGCAGUGAUGGGCAAACCAGAGCGCAAUCCAUUAUUGCAUGGAACCGUUUUGUUUGUGUCAUUGGGCCGAAUGAUGCAACAAAUCCUGCAGUUUUGAAAAUACUGAUCAGGGCAAUCCUCUCUCAACUUGAGCGAAGGAGCCAAAGUAAGCUGACAUCACAGCCUAACCAAAUGGUGCUGUGCAGCUAUUACAAUCUCCUGUAUUAUGCCUUCCGCCCGUCCGCGUCUUUCCAACAUCUGGACGUCGUGUGGGAGGAAUACCUUGCCAUACCCUCCUCGACCACGUUUAGUAUGGUUCCUGGCUUAAGCGACAAACUAGCCCAGGUCUUAUCUAAUAUGCUGUGGAGCUCCCAGGCGAAGGUAUGGUUGGAGAACAAAGCCAAUGAAAGUAAUCGCCUUCUCCCGGAGGAGCUUCCUGCACUUGAUUGCAGAUGGGUACGGUCCAGAAUCACCGCUGUUUUGAAGGUGUUCGAAAACAUUUUCAGAUCUUCUACCUGGUCCGAUGACAUUGAGCAAUCAAGCAUUGCCGCUGCCUGGGUCAGUCUUUCUCGAGCCCUGUCGUAUGCCUCCAGCAAAGAGAUUACCCCGUCUCCAGAAUCAAUGCAAGCAGUCGCCCACAUGCUCGGUCUUCUCCAGCGCCUUUGGAAAGCUGGCCCUGCUUCACUCAACGCUAUCGAAGACAAUUCCUUGGAUAUGUUUUUCGACCGAUUCAGGUUCCUGUCGACGACCAUGAUUGUCUCACUCGGAAGCAUUCCAUUCACUGAGAAACUCCUCCUGAAGACAGCCGAUGAGAAGUUCCAAGCUGCCAAUACGCCAACACAUAGGUCUUUGAGGAUCAACGUGAGCCUCGACAGCCCUAUUCUACAUUUGCUUCGACUAAUCAGCGAUGUGUCCGGCGUCCGAGAGCCAACUGCUUCGUAUCUGCGUCUCAUAAACGAUACACUUGGCGCCGCAUGCAAGGGCAGAACGGCCAGAAGCUCACGCUUAGAGCUUCUCAGGCAGUGCGCAGAUUUGUUUCCUAGUGAAACAGAAUUCGCUUAUAGAACUCAUACCUUCGCCCAGGUAGGUUGGAAGUCAACAGCACGACUAGCAGCGGAUUCUCUAUGCUCUUAUCCUAUCGAGUCCGCCCGUGAGCGUGACGGGUCUGUUUUGCGCGAUUACGAUAAUGCUAUCAAGAUCCUCUCUACGGGGUUGAAGUUUUCCGACACCAUCCAGGAGUGGGAUCAGCUUGUGGACUCGCUUAUUCGCGUCGUGCGAACUGAGAAGGGUGACGAUGCUAUUGCAACAAUGGUUGUAGAACCAAUCUCUGAGUGUAUGAUGGCGCUUAGAGUCCAAGAUACCUACUUGCCAGCAGCCUCCCUAUUCGGCUAUUCUCUUUCCAUCACAUACUGUCAUUACAACAUUCGGAACACGGGGGUCCCAGUGAGUGGACAAGAUGGGCAGGCCAGUGGCAAUUCGAUAUUUCCAGCCAAACUAGUUGAACUAGUGAAUCGGAUCCUUCGAGAGUCUUACGAGGGCUUCGAUCCUACAGGAACCAAUGGCAUCGCGGACUUUUUAGAAUCGUUCACGUCCCUUUUAAGCUCUGGUGUCCCAGCAUUUCGCUCUGCGAUCCUUGAAACUACUCAACAGCCCCUUGCUCUCUGGUUAAAGGAUGACGUGCGCAAGAUUAAUGUUGAAAGUGGCGUGGAAAGCAGGAUUAUCACAGCGGGCCGCGCUCUCUCGUCAGCAGUGAUCAGUAUCUUGCAAGCUUGUUCACCCCACAAUGCCUCCUGCCUACAGAGGUUUGAGCCUAUUAUAUGUGCAGGUCUCGAGUCCUCCCAUAUGUCUAUAGCCAAAAGAUUUCUCGAUUUCUGGAAUUCUUCAUUUGGACAACAAAAGUCACUCCCAUACCCCGAAUCUAUAUCUCGUGCACUACAACAGCUUGAAUCGCAGAUCAAGCUUCAGAACUCGGGACAGGGACAGGUUGAACGUCCGGCAACAUCCCUUGAAUCACAAACAUUGAAUAGUGACCGGGCGGACAUGUCUGAAAAAUCCCGCAUAGCGUUUAUUCUAGACCAUCCUGUGGAGCCAUCCUACCCUGUGGGCUUCAACUCAUCUCCUGUCACUAGAGUCAUUGAGCCUAGAGUUGCGGAACAGCCAAGUGAAGCACGACCUCGCCGUUCAGCCGAACCCAACGAAUCCGAUCAAAUAGCCGUUGAGGAUGCUUCGGUCUCAUUUCUUCCACCCAGCGAAGAACCCAAGAAGCGUACCGAUGUAUUUUCGAUGAUCGAGAACCUCCGCUCUUCCUCGCCUCCCAUAAACACACCGCGAGAAUAUGGGUUCAUGACACCUCCGCAGUUACGUGGUCUGCGUGGUCCCGAUCGUGAGUCGGGAACACCCCAAACGCCCACUUUGCCAGCUGUCGUAGCUGACAACGAAGACGGUUUUCUGGGCUCUUCUCCUACUCCCGGUAUAAGAGGUCGGACACAGUCUGUGGGAUCGCAGAUCCCAUCGUCGCUAUCAACACCAGCAAUGGACUCUCGUUUCGACAGUGACGUUCCAUCCUCCCCUCCAGAGCUCAAGUCACAGGGUGCAAAUGCCCGCAACAAACAGAUGUCUCUGACGGCUGCAGCUGUCGAGAACAGAGUGAGCAAGAAAAAGAAAUCUAAGAAAUCCAAACGUUCGGCAUUGAAGGAUAAGAAACGACCUGACAGCCAACAUACGCAAUCCGAAGAUGCACGCGAAGAUCCCAGUCGAGCAGGAACACCGCUGAGCAGUCGUCUCCGUUCAUCUACCGGCAAGACACCCCAGGCAGACGCACAAAGUACGAUUGAACCUCAGCCUAACAUUCCCCCAGUUAGUGAACCAAUUCUUGCUUCGAACGCUUCAAAAUCCCAUCACGGCUCUCCUGACAAGCCUAUGCCUCUUAAAUCUACUCCCAAGGAUGUCGCCGUAUCUGGUGAAAUCACGGACGGCUUAGACCCUGCAUGUGACUGGAUUGCGGAUUCUUUCAGUGAUGACAUGGAGACGCAGAUUGCGUCUCAACUAGAGCAAGACCUAGAAUUCGCUGUCGAUUCGGAUAAACCUGAUCAAGAACAAGAGACGGAGCUUCCGUCUGAACCUCCGAUGACAAGGAAGAGGAAAAGAGAUGAAGAAAACGCAUCGACACCUUCUAGAGCAGAGCGACGCCGAUCGACGAGAAGUUCUGCGAAGGAAUGCGAUGCUGAUAUCAAGGAACCUCGGAGAACUCGCUCAAAGAAAUCGAUGUUGUCGGGCAACGCCCAAGAGGUUGCAUCUUCACCGGCUGCGUCAGCGCCGAAGAAGCAAAAGCUCCAUGCUAAAGGCGAUGCAGAUGAUGUACCUGCCCGGCUGCCUGAUUUACAGCCGGACAGUAUCGGCUCUUCUAAAGGCAGUGAGGCCUCUGCCUCUCAGAAACGCAGGUCUUCCCGCCUGAGUGGUAACUCCCCGCUGGCCGUACCAGAGGAAGGCACAGCUCCCAGAAAAUCACCUCGGAACGGUCGUUCGCGCAAGCGAAAUGCCAAGCGUAAGGGCAACGCAUCAAGAGAACCAUCUCCGAGGUCAGAGGCUCAGGCCGAAGAGACUGCCACGGCAGCUUCCCAUGAUGACCACCAGAAAGAAACCCAAGGUUCUUUCGAACAGAAUGAUAUUCAACAACCCGAAGAACCUGCAACCCAUACCCCGACCGCCGAGCAUACGGCCACGGCUCCUACUAGCGAGAAGGAACCACCUACCGACCAAGAACCUGAAAACGAUACCAAUAUGGGAAAUGCGGACGGCGAUUCCAUUCCCCAAACAAGAAAACGAACCCUCUCUGGAACAACCCAGAUGGAUGCCCAUCAAGAGAAUGUCAGCGGCGCAACGGGGAUUAUCACCUCAUUCAGAAACCUGCUGGACGAUAUUAAAUCGGCCACCUUGGACCGAGAUGCUAUUCGGCAAAUUGAUGACUUGAUGUUCGAGAUCAGGGUUGAAACGGGCGAGGCCCUAAGGAGACAUACUGGCUAAUCUUUCAUAUGCAUAGCGAAG